AUGCUGGAACUGGACAGCACCGCGUUUCUUUCUCCUGCGACUGCGCUUUAUGCGCUUACUGCGGCGAUCCUCAAUCUGGAUCUCAAAUACGUGUUUGAGUUGGAUACAUUCAUUAACAGAUCAUACGGUGGUCAGCUGCAGUUUUUGACCAUCCUCGGCGUCGUCUUCAGCUACAUCACAGUCACCAUCGGGCUCAUGGGCCACAUCAUGGACUCCCAAUCCCUCAUCGCGACCAAGAACCGCUUCCUCCUCAUCGCCGCCCCGGUCGAGGUCUUGAUCAGCGUCCUCUACGGCUCAAUAUUUCUUUACGACAAAAAACUUCUCGUGCCCGACAACAUCGACGCCGUGCUUCCGCCGCUGGUGGAUUUCGGACUGCAUGGCGCUCCGUCUAUUUUGUUGCUCGUGGAUUACUUUGUAUUCACUAGUAACUGGAUCAUUCACCCUGCUGCCACUUUUGUUCUCUAUUCCAGUCUCGGCGUGGGAUACUGGUUCUGGACUCAAAAGACAUAUGCAAUGAACGGGUUUUACCCUUAUCCCCUUCUCGAGAUCGUCACGACUCCUCAACGCAUCGGGAUUUUCGCCGUCUCGAUCAUCAUCCUGUUUUCGAUCUAUCUCACUCUCCGAAAGAUCCACAUGGCGAUCCAUGGUAAGAAGCUGCCGGUUCCUAUCCAGGAGAAGGCUAAAUAA